AUGGACCAUGGAUGGCCUCUACACCUAAAGGAAUUCGGCAUGGACAUUGACACCAACGUGCAGAUUUGCCAGAAGUAUUGGUGGAAAAAUAUGCUCUACAUCAACAAUCUCUUUGGUCACGACACUGAAUGUUAUGGGAUCUCGUGGUAUCUCGCUGUUGAUACGCAGCUCUAUGUAGUCGCUCCAAUUUUUUUGAUCACGCUGUAUUUGUCACCUAUUAUAGGAGUUGCAGUGCUAUUCCUUUGUUGUUCCCUAAGUGUUGCUUACACAUACAUCAUAACAAUACGAGACGACCUGCCAUCAUCGGAGCUCGUAGCAUUCCUUUUCCAGAGGCACGAACAGCUUUUCUUCGACGAGUACUACGAAAAGCCGUGGGCUCGAUGCCCUCCUUAUCUUAUUGGACUAGGCGUCGGCUACCUCCUUGCUCGGGUUAGAGGCAGGAAGCCUAGGCUUCACUGGAUAUUCGUUGUUUCUAUGUGGGUAAUUUCGAUCUGGAUUUCGCUGUUAUGUGUCUAUGGACCACACGAUUACAUCAAGGGAGAUGAGGAUUGGAGCAAGGCUGUGCGUGGCACAUACAACAACUUUGCUCGAAUCGGUUGGUCCUUCGCAGUAUCAUGGGUUAUUCUGGCCAACAAUCUUGGAUGGGGAGGUCCAAUCGCCCCCUUCAUGGACCAUCCGUUGUGGCAACCUCUCGGACGGCUAUCCUACUGUGCAUACAUAGUCCACUUCUACAUUAUCCAAUACGUUUUCAACCUUGACGACCGACCAACACAUUACGUCUCCAUCUGGCAAUCGUACGUCUAUCGGACAAUACCAGUUAUAGCGAUCUCUUACUUCACAGCAUUCAUAUGGAGUUGUUUAUUUGAAGUUCCUACUGCGAAGCUCGAAAAGAUGCUCUUUGAGCCACUUAUGCCUAAAAGGAAAACGGAGCCAAGGGAUGCAAACUCAGCAAAUCUAGAUGUCGAAAAUAAGAUAACGGAGCCAAGUGAUGCAAACUCAGGGGUUCCAGUUCUCGAAAAUAAGAAAGCGGAACCAAGUGAUGCAAACUCAGGAGUUCCAGUUUUGAAAUUUAAGAAAACGGAGCCAAAUGAUGCAAACUCAGGGGUUCCAGUUUCGAAAAUAAGAAAAAAAUACUCAAGGCUGUGCGUGGCACAUACAACAACUUUGCUCGAAUCGGUUGGUCCUUCGCAGUAUCAUGGGUUAUUCUGGCCAACAAUCUUGGAUGGGGAGUUCCGCUCAGCCAGCAGUAGAACUUCACCGUUACACCGACUGAGCGCUUCUGUCACGUUAGUCGUUGCUGCAGCCUCUGAUUACGUCUAUCGGACAAUACCAGUUAUAGCGAUCUCUUACUUCACAGCAUUCAUAUGGAGUUGUUUAUUUGAAGUUCCUACUGCGAAGCUCGAAAAGAUGCUCUUUGAGCCACUUAUGCCUAAAAGGAAAACGGAGCCAAGGGAUGCAAACUCAGCAAAUCUAGAUGUCGAAAAUAAGAAAACGGAGCCAAGUGAUGCAAACUCAGGGGUUCCAGUUCUCGAAAAUAAGAAAACGGAGCCAAGUGAUGCAAACUCAGGGGUUCCAGUUCUCGAAAAUAAGAAAACGGAGCCAAGUGAUGCAAACUCAGCGGUUCCUCUUCCCGAAAAUGGGGAGCCUAUUAAGAAAACUGAA